CAUUGGUAAAAGCAAAAAGCCUCAAAAAUCAAAAUAUUUCUUGAAAAACAAGAUUGUUAAAUUCUUCAAUUUUAACAUGAAUACUCGAAAUUUAUUUCGUAUCUUAAGCAGGCCUGUGCUUAUAAAUAGUAUGUGUAAAAGGAAUAAAGGAUACAAGGUCGUAAAGCGUCCCGAUCCGAAGACGUUAAAAAUGCCUAACCUAGCCGAUGCGCCGAGUAUUAUGACGAUAAUUAAAGAAAAACUACGUUUAAACGGACCUCUUACUGUAGCUGAAUACAUGCACAUAGUAAUUACUAAUCCCACUGAAGGUUACUAUGAGAAAAAAGAUACAAUAGGUGAAAUAGGAGAUUUCAUAACUUCACCAGAAAUAAGCCAAUUGUUUGGUGAAAUGUUAGCAGUUUGGUUUUAUGCUGAAACACAGAAGAUGUGUCCGGGCAAACCUUUGCAGAUUGUUGAAUUGGGCCCAGGGAAAGGCACACUUAUGAUUGAUAUCUUGAGGGUACUGAACCGUUACGGUUAUAAAGGGGCGGACCUGAGCCUGCACCUCGUAGAAAUCUCAUCUGCAAUGCAAUUGGUACAAGCUAACAGACUGUGUGUAUCACAUAGUGAAACUGAUAUAGAGAGUCCACAUAACCGUGAGGGAGAAACAGUGAGUGGUAUUAAAGUGUACUGGUACAAUGAUCUGAAGAAAGUGCCUAACAACUUUUCUUGGUACAUUGCACAUGAAUUCUUUGAUGUUUUACCCAUUCAUAAAUUUCAAAAAACUGAAGAAGGUUGGCGUGAAAUCCUUAUAGACCUUGACGAGAGUGACAAACUACGCUAUCGAAUAUCAGCAAAUGAAACCCAAUCCACCAGGGUCCUUGUGAGGCCUCCUUUAGAUGCUGGGGAUAGGACAGAGCUUGAAAUAAGUCCAAGAAGCCUUGGCAUCGCCAGACAACUUGCAAACAGGGUUGAUCAGUUUGGUGGUUUGGCGUUGAUUGCUGAUUAUGGACAUUCUGGAGAAAAGGGGGAUACCUUUAGGGCUUUUCACAAGCAUAAAAUCGUGGAUCCACUAGAGAAUCCUGGUAUAUCAGAUCUGACGGCAGAUGUAGACUUCAGUCAGUUGAGAAUAGCUGCGUCCAUGACGCCUGGAGAGGAGAACUAUGCGCUGGUCGUUGGACCGGUCAACCAGAUGGACUUCUUAGCACGAUUACGAGCAGAUGCUCGACUGCAGAUGUUAGUGGACAACGCCAAGACGGAGAAUGACAAAGAAAAAAUUAAGGCUGCAUAUGAUAUGCUCGUGAACCCAAAGAAAAUGGGAGAAAGAUUCAAGUUUAUGGCGUUUUACCCUUCAGGAAUGGCACAAAUAUUAGAGAAAUAUCCUCCCUUAGGGUUUUUUGGCCCUAAGAUUGCCCUUGUUUGUUCCAGUGUGCCCCGGAGCGAGCUAGAGGUGGAGGUGGGGGACGACGCCAUGGAGGUGGACCCCGCCGCCGACAUGAUACCCGCUAGGUUCUCAUUACCGGCGCGGGCGGACGCCGUGGUGGAGCUAUGGCGCACCAAGUUGGCGGAGGGGGUGCUCUCGCCGGCACACUUUCAGGACCACUGGCGGGUCACUGUGCCGAGGAUAUACUCGCCACAACCCAACAGGACUUGCCUAGACUGGUCAUUUGACGAAGAGUCGGCAGCUAAGCUACUGAUCCAGCCACUAGAGCAGUUCGUAUGGGGUUCCGCGGAGAGUUGUCAGCCACCACCGCCGCGACGCUCCACGUUAUGUGGGAAGGUGUUCAAGCAGGGAGAGCCCGCUUAUAGCUGCAGAGAAUGUGGAAUGGACAACACAUGCGUGCUAUGCGUGGAAUGUUUCAAAGUCUCCGCGCAUAGACACCACAAAUACAAAAUGGGGCAGUCUGGCGGCGGCGGCUGCUGCGACUGUGGCGACACUGAGGCCUGGAAGCGGGAUCCCUUCUGCGAGCUGCAUGCUGGUCCAGACAACGAAGAGCAAGCGCAGGCCAGCAUCAGCCCAGAAGUGACAGAGCGGAUGAAGAUAGUAGCAUCUGUGUGCCUCUCCUACUGCUUCCGACUGCUCACGCUUGACCAUGCGCCUGGGCUGCCAAAUGACUUAAUAUUAAAAGACGCUGAAAGAGAUUUACUACAGAUACUAGACCAACCUGACUGUUACUGCACCGUACUGUACAAUGAUGAAACUCAUACUUUCGAGCAGGUGAUAACAACCCUGAUGAGGGUGAUAAAGUGCAGCAAGCGUGACUCCGUGGAGCUCGUGAGCCUCAUCGACCGCGAGGGCCGCGCCAUCGUCAAGUGCAACUCCUUCCAGCUCUGCGACAAGCUCAAGACUGACAUCGAGAUGUUCACAUCGCGGCACGGGCCGGCGCUCAAGGUGCUAGUGAUGCACGCGCACGUGGUAGCUCACCAGCUCUACGCUAUGAAGCUGCUCAAUUGGCUCCAAAACUUCGUAAGCCAAGAGCAAAGCCUGCGCUUAGCCGUCAGUCAAGUGGCUUUGGGCGAGGAGUCUGGCUUAGCUGGGUGGGCGUUGCCGGGCACCACCGGCGGUGUGGCCGCAGGGGUGAUGCAGAACGACUGUCACAUGUGGAAAGCUGCGCGGACGGCGUGGCAUCGUCUGUUGAUAGCCACAACCCUGAUGGAUUCAUCUACUAAGAGGACUAUGGCGAUAUUGUUUACGAAGAAUUAUGGAUCGAUUCUCAAGGACUUUAUCCGCGACGACCACGACCACUCGUUCUCGAUCUCAUCGCUAUCGGUGCAGCUGUACACAACGCCCACGCUGGCCCAUCACCUCAUCGCAAAGCACGACGCACUGUUUGUGGUCAUGAACACCUUCGUCAGCGAAUGCAAUCGACGCUGCAACUCCGAGGGUCGUCUGGAAUUCGACCGUAACCACGUAUCGAUGGCGUUCAAGCGUGCACAGUUCGUGCUUUACGAUGUGAAAUACCUAUUAGGCUCCGUGCCAACUACCUUCGACGACGAUCUGAGGAAGGGCUUCCUUCACGGACUGUCUCUGAUGCUGAACCUACUCGUCAUGAUGCAGGGAAUGGAUUCUGUUGUCCGACAGGUGGGUCAGCACAUGGAAUACGAGCCGGAGUGGGAGUCCGCGUUCAACCUGCACGUGAAAUUAGCUCAGAGUAUUACCCUGGCGUUGGAGUGGAGCAGCUCCGAGCGCGCGCUCUGCGCCUCGGCGUACCGCAUGGCGCUGCGGCGACACGCCGACACUUGCGGCAGGCACGCUAGCGAGCUGAGAGAGUUAGGCAACCAAAGCGCAUCGGUGAUCCCCUACGACGUGUCCACGGAACCCGUGUCGGUGCACCGGCCGCUGUCCAGGUUUAUUGCCGGCUUACACUUGCAGCUGCAUCGCCACGGCCUGUCCUACCACAGCAGGGAGUUCGAACGGCAGGACCGCCCGAAACCCACGCCCGAAGAACUUAUAGAGCCGGUCCUACGCACCAUGGCGAUGAUAGCGCAAGUGCACGCAGGCAUGUGGCGGCGCAACGGGUUCGCGCUGCUGAACCAGCUCUAUUUCUACCACAACGUCAAGUGCCGCACUGAGAUGUUCGAUCGGGACGUUGUUAUGCUGCAGAUUGGCGCUUCCCUCAUUGAAAGCAACGAGUUCAUAAUCCAUGUACUGAAUAAAUUCAAUUUGUUGGAGUGGGCAGCAGCUGACUUUGAACAGAAGUCGAUUGAAGACGACACCCUGAGGCACACCAUUAGCAUGGUUGAAGAGUUUUUGCGGCUUCUUAUUACAGUGGUGGGAUCCCGCUACGUGCCAGGCGUGGGCGAGGUGUGUAACGAAGAACGCACUAAGAAGGAGAUCAUACAGAUGCUCUGUGUCAAACCGAUGCCGCAUUCUGAACUCAACAGGUCCCUUCCGGAAGACCAACUUCACGAAACUGGCCUGGAAGCAGUAAUUCACGAGGUAGCAGACUUUGUCAAACCCUCCAGUGGGAACAAUCGCGGUGUAUACAAGCUGAAACCCCAUCUCUUUGAUGAAUAUGACACUUUCUUCUACCACUACACGAGGGAGGAACUUUCUAGAAGCGAGGAGGAACAGAGGAACAGGAGGAAAACUGCUGGUCUCCCAGAAUGCUGUCCGCCGCCGCCGCUGCCGAAGCUAGCGGCCCCUUUCCGACUGCUCGCCAACCUGCUGCAGUGUGACGCGGCCUUACACGUACUGCGGUGCGUUCUUGAGAGGGCACUGGACUUGCGGGCGAGAUCGUUUUCAGAACCGCAAGUACACAAAGCACUCCACCUAAUUGGCUACGCUCUUCGCGACGAAGAGAGUGGCCACUACGAGUUUCUGGCCUUCGCCGAGAGCGCAGCUCGUAGUGGACUGCUGACCUUAUUGCAGCGACUCUCUGUCAGCCCUCGGGUGGACGCGCACCGCGCCCUUGCCAAAUGGCUGUUGAAUAAGAUGCGAUCGUUGUUGGGUCAAGGCGAUGAACAUUUAGGAGACGGUGAAAACAUGGACACCGACCAGGAAGAAAAACCACCCGUGGACGAGACAGCCGAGGCGGAAAAGGCGCGUCGAGCCAAAUUAGCGGCGGAAAGGCGUGCCAAAGUAAUGGCCCAGAUGAAGAACCAAAUGAAUAAGUUCAUUGCCAACAACACCACGCUCUUCCAGGAAACCAAUUCGGAGGUGACAGAAGAAGAGGAAAAGCAGGAUUUGACGCCAUUGUACCGCGGCGCCGCGCUGGGCGUGUGGGGCGGCGGCGUGAGCGAGGCGCCGCGAGUCUGCAUCAUGUGUCAGGAACAGGCUCGAGUAGAAGCGAUGGCAGAGCCGAUGGUCCUAGUAGCGUUCGCACAAUGUUCCACCGUGCUAAACCGCCUCGGAGUGGGCGCGGGCGGCGCGGAGACGUGGCGCAGCGCCUGGUUGCCGGCCGGCCUGGGCGCGCAGCCGCACGUGUCGUGCUGCGGGCACGCGCUGCACGCCAAGUGCUGGAGGAAGUACGUCGAUGGCGUUAUGGACAAGGAGAAGCUGAGACCGUACAGAAUUCGUCAACCAACGGCCUUCGACGUGGAAAAGAAGGAAUACCUGUGCCCGUUAUGUGAGAGGCUGUGCAACACCGCGCUGCCCCUCCUGCCCGCGCCGGCCAUCCCGGCCCACCCCCCGCCUCCCCUCAGCGAGACCACCUACACUGACUCCGCAGAUCUCAUCAUACAGCUCAAACACCAGGUGUGCUCAGAAUCGAUCCACCUCUGCACGGAAUACUGCGAAGACAUGCUCUGUACGGCACGAGCUCGCUCCGUGGGAGCCAUGUCGUCGGACAUGGAGGACGAGUCCGCGGACGAAACUGAAGACUACGUGUCCACUCAUGCAGAGAAUCUAUUGUCCGCUGAGUUCCUUGCACACUUUGAUAAUGCGCUGCCCCAGUACAACGAUACUAUGAAAACACUUAUUGAGGACUUUGCCAAGAUGCUUCCCGGAAUUUGUUAUAUAACGGCAUCAGGAGGCAUGGUAUCAGUUGCCACGCUGUGCCGCGCGACUUCCUACACGAUACUCAGUACAAACGCUGUCUUACUCGCAGAAAAGAGACCUUUACUCGGCGAUUUACCGUCAAGGCACAGAGAUGCCUUACAAGCCUUGAUAAGACUAGCGGCAGUCAUACCCGCAGUAUGGCCGACGCCCAAACACGUUUCACACCAUGCUUUAAGUGCGCUCUGUACAUUAGGAAAAACAUCUCCUUUGACUCAUGAAACCUUUGGAACUUUAGUUGCCCUAGUACUUACAGUACCCUCAAUAUUCUGCAAGACUUCAGGACCUGCGCGAUCAACACAUUUAGCGAGACAGCUAACUUUAGAAGCUUUCAGAGCUACUUUAUCUAGAGCGUUAAUAGUAACUGAUGUUGCCUCAUGUACUGUUGAAGAUAUGGAAGGGGUAACCCAAGUUAAUCCUGACUUAGAAAACCUUUUAUCGUUGAUGAAGGACUUACGCAAAGGAAACCUUGAAAUUGGCAACUUGAAUCCAAAUGCAGCUUGGGAAUGUGUAAAGAAACAGUGUCUCAAUUUCUUGAGAUGUUGUUGUUUAUUCUUCCACUUCUUAAGCGAUAUCCAACCGUCGACAGAGCUUACGUUGGUUAACGGUGAUACGUGGGAAACGAUGUGUGCGUAUUUGGACAUGCCGCAUACGUUUAGAGAUUUAAUAGACAACUUGCUGGCCAAAAAGAAGGUGUUCGCGUGGUCUGAGUUGACAGAUUUUCGGUCGAGCGAGAUUUCACCGAAGAUUGUUCUGGAACCCAGUGAACCGCCCCGAUUAAUAACGCUGCCGGAAGACUUCUCGGAGCUGAUGAACGUGGUGUCGGAGUUUUCGUGCCCCAACUCCGAGCGUGAGGAUACCAAGAACCCGACCAUGUGUCUGGUGUGCGGGCAGAUCCUGUGCUCGCAGAGCUACUGCUGUCAGAGCGAAGUGCGCAAGUACGGACGCGGCGGCGGCGGCAUGGAGCUGGUGGGCGCGGUGGUGGCGCACGCGCUGCGCUGCGGCGCGGGCUCGGGCGUGUUCCUGCGCGUGCGCGAGUGCGAGCUGCUACUGAUGGCCGCGCCGUCCCGGGGCGCGUUGCUGCCCGCGCCCUAUCUCGACACGUAUGGCGAGACGGAUCAGGGUCUACGGCGCGGUAACCCACUCCACCUGUGCCCGGAGCGCUAUGAAACGCUACGCAUGAUCUGGCUCAGCCAUGGCAUAUACGAGCGGAUAGCGCGAGGACUGGACACCAACAUGCUGGUCACCACCACGUGGCAGAACAUGUGAGCACUGGGCUUGUUCCUGCAGACGCGCAAUACCCGAUGAUUAGUCGGACUUAAACACUCCAGUACGUGCGAACUAGGUUACGUUAACGUAUAUCGUACGUGCAAAUUAAAAAAGCAAGUGUUAGUAAAGUAUUUUGAAGUGUUAAUGCGUUUUUUUUGUUUUGCAAUACGUACGAAAGGCGAUAAUUGCUAUACUUAACACUUCGUGAUCGUACGCAUACGUACAAAUUUAACGUUAACACUAAUUUACACGGCGGAUAUUUUAAAAUUUGUAUUAUAUGUUGUUAUAGCGGUAAUAAAAUUACAUACAUAUGUGGGAUUUUAUUUUUUUGUACCAGAAAGUUGUAACAAUAAAGAGAAAAAGAAAUUUUAACUAUGUACCUGUUACAGUUAAUGAGGUACAGCCAGCUGGGCGCUGACAGACUGACGGACGGACAUCUGCGGCUUAGUUAUUACUAUUUAUAUUGUUGGAACCCUUUGAAUACGCAAUACUAAAAGGUGCGCGUACGUAAACGUUUUACUAUAACGGUUUUUUAAAGUUCGUAUUUCGAAGUGUUUUUGCAGAAGUCCGGUUGUUAAAGAAAAUCGGGGGUUUCUUGCGCGAAAUAUAACACGAUGAGAACGUGUUCUGAUCGUGCGUUAAUACGUUAACGUUAACGGACGUACAAAGUUAACGUACAUACGUAUUUAGCUAUUGUGAUCACUAGAUACCUCUAGGACGAGUUUUUAUAAUUAUCGAAAUUGGAUGUGGAUUUACUUCAUACAUUAUCGAAAACGAUCUGAAAUUAAGCGGAAUUUACAUUACGAUAUUAUUCACGACAUUAAUUUCACUAUCAGUUGCAUGUGUAAACGUUUAAUUUUUUACAUUUUUGACUU